GGAGGCAGUCCAUUCGACAUUCCAACUCCGUGUCAACUGUCCAUGCAAAGAUCAGUCUAUCACAUCUAACACACAAGCAUUCGCUUCUUCUGCUGCCCAUUCCAUUGGGAUUGGUCUAGAACUUUGCCUCAUUCGCUCUCCCCUUCUAUCGGAGGACGGUUCAACUUUCGGGCUUUCUUGGCGCUUUGUCUUUCCCCUCUCUCUCCCUCCCUUCGUCACUCACUCACUUCAACGGGCCCGGCCGGCUCUCUCAGCCAUGUCAACGAAACCCCGCCGUACCCUUGCGGGGCCAAUCUUCCGCGUCCGUACGGGGUGCCUGACGUGCCGCGGUCGCAAGAAGAAGUGCGACGAGACCAAGCCGCGGUGUCGCGGUUGUGAGCGGAACCGCCUAGAGUGCCGCUGGCCCCCAACAUCCUCAUCCCAGGCCACCGCCGCUGCCUCUUCCUCUCAAGCUACCCAGAGCAGCGGCACCUCGCGCUCACCCCGCGAGGUAGGAAAUUCGCCAGAGAGCACGCGGCAGGACGAUGUUCAGCCUACUGCUCCUUCACCAUCAGGGUCCACGGUGGCAUCCCAGAGUCCCCAGCAUCUCCCAGAUCGUUCAGUCAACUUCUCUUUUGCAUCACAUAUCCAAUCCUCGGAAUCACCAAGUGCAGCCACAACAGACUCGAGUCCAAGUCCGGCAACCCAGAUCGUCACGACGGACCAGAGCGGCGGAAUCAUCAUCCCUCCCCAGACGCCAGAAGAGCACACAACGACUGCUAUCGGACUUCAAGACCCUUCCGCCUUUUCCGUCUUUAACACGGAAGACCCGGACGAUGGCGAGACUGCGGAUCAGAUGGUGCACUCGCCAGUUCAACCAAUGUCGAUAUUCAGGGAUCACCAUGUGCCGAGGUCGAUGAACCUCCUGGCUGGCAAUCAGGAUAGCAACUCACUCGAGCUUCUCAGUCAUUACCUUAGCGCGACAUCGCUCAGUAUGGCCAAUGGAUCCACGGCAGACAACCCUUUCACCGCGCAGUUGAUUCCUUUAGCGUUCAGCAGCGAUCUCGUCUUACAACUACUUCUUACGCAGAGUGCCGUCCACCGAGCAGCAAAGUCUCUAGUUCCGACGGACCAUAUCGCAACCAAAUACUACAAUCAGUCCCUGCGGCUCUUUCAGCAAAACAUCUCGACGUACAUGGGCGGACAGCAUGGUGAAGAAACGCUGAUCCUGGGGAUUGGUGCCCUGAUUCUGUGCUUGGUUGAGACUGCCAAAGGUGACGUGAAUGGAACCAUCUUCGACCAUCUCAUGGCAGCCCAGUCCUUGAUCUUGCCCUUCUUAUCUGCGAAUAACACCUUUCUACACAAGACUUUGAAAGACUUCUUGACCGAAUACUACAUCUACACGGCGACCGUCAGCAUGAUAUCCAUAGAUGCAAGACUUGGUGAUCAACUAUUCCUCAGCAACGAUCUCAUUCUCCUCGCCACUGAGCUCGUGGCAUCCUCUUACAUAGGUAGUCUAUGCGGAUGCUGGCUAGAUCUAAUCCUGCUGGUGCCUUCGAUCUUCGACCUGGGACGGCGGAUAAUGAGCCACAUGGACGAGCCGGAUUGGCGCCCAUCAGCCGAUGACUUUAUUCUGUUCUCACAACUACAAAGCCAGAUACUCAAUUGGCAGCCAAACCCCAUGGUGACUGAGAAUGUUGCCUUGGCUGGAUAUAUAUACCAGAAAGCCUUGUUGCUCUAUCUGCACACGGCACUACAUACACUCUCUCGAGAAGAGCACGGCCUCCAGGCAUUGGCUAUCCAAAACGCCCUCAGCGGAGCUCUCUCACAUCUAGCACAACUAGAUCCUAGCGUCCGCAUCAACACUAGUUUAUGCUGGCCCAUCACCAUCAUCGGUUCGUGCGUUACAGAUAAGGGACAGCAAGAAUUCUUACAUGAGAGGUUGGGCCACAUGUUUGCCACCAUUGGUCUGGGCAACAUCCGACAAACUUCAGUUGUGCUGCAGCAUCUGUGGGACCACAACGAGGUCAUGCCGGCGGAUAUUGGAGCAGGCCCUUGGCAGGUUUGUCGGGUCAUGAACGAAAAUCAGAUUUGGAUUUCAUUUGCAUAGAUGGACAGGGGACAUGAUCGAUAUGAAUAGCGGCGGUGUUUACGGGGCCAGCGAGCGUGCGAACGAACGAAAGAUGGCGGCGACUGGCGGAACCAGAGAACAUCUUUCGAUCAACAUGUGUGUACAUUUAUAGACAGGUCUCAUCAGGAGCGGGCGAAUAUGAUACCAUGAA